UCUUUAGUUGGCCCGAACAUGCGCAUUUGACAUACUUGAUACUUCCGGAAACAAUUGGUUGAAGGAAGAUGUACUUCAAAACAGAAUCUGUGAAUUGUAUUCAUAGGUAAAAUAUGUGACCGAAACGUAGAACGGAUAUGUUCUUCCGGAAAACAGUGAAUGAUAUCUUGGCCUUCACAUAAAUGAACCACGAUGGCAAAUGCUGUGAAUCCUCAUGAUCACUUUGAUCCUGAUGCCAUACACUAUGAAGAUGAGGUAGACAUGGAAGACAGUGAGGAGGAAGAGGAAGAAGCUUCCAAUAAGCAAAAUGGUGCAUUGAAAACAGAUCGUUAUGGUUUCAUGGGAGGAGGACAGUUUACAGACCCUGAAUUAGAAUCACCCAUUCCAUUGGAAAUUUUAAGGAAGCGAGAAUUAAAAUGGUUAGAUAUGUUAGAAAAUUGGGAAAAAUGGAUGAGCAAAAGAUUUAAGAAGGUAAAAGAACGAUGUCGUAAAGGUAUCCCUCCUUCCAUACGACCAAGAGCAUGGCAGUAUCUGUGUGGGAGCAAGUAUUUAAUGGAACAUAACAGAGGAGUGUAUGAGGCUUACUUAAAGGAACAGGGGGAGCCCAGGUGGAUAGAUGAUAUUAAAAAAGAUCUUCACAGACAGUUUCCCUUCCAUGAAAUGUUUGCUGCCAGGGGAGGACAUGGGCAAGAAGAUUUGUUCAGAAUAUUAAAAGCCUACACCAUUCACAACCCAAAGGAUGGGUAUUGUCAGGCCCAAGGGCCAAUAGCUGCAGUGUUGCUGAUGCACAUGCCUGCAGAGCAAGCUUUUUGGUGCUUAGUCUCCAUCUGUGACAAAUACCUGCCUGGGUAUUACAGUCCAGGACUGGAAGCAGUUCAGACAGAUGGGGACGUUCUGUAUGGUUUGCUGAAAAAAGUAGUGCCCGCAACAUAUAAACAUUUGAAAAAGCAAAAAGUUGAUCCAAUUUUAUAUAUGACAGAAUGGUUUAUGUGUGUGUUCACCAGGACUCUGCCCUGGUCAUCAGUAUUGAGAGUGUGGGAUAUGUUCUUUUGUGAAGGUGUAAAGGUGAUGUUUAGGAUUGCAUUAACUUUGAUCAAGUACACUCUUGGUAGACCAGAACAAAUAGCAGACUGCCCUUCACUCUAUGAAACUAUGGAGAAAAUAAGGAAUUUAGCACCACAAAUUCUUAGAGAGGAAUUUCUAGUCAGAGAGUCCUUAAAACUUUCCAUCACUGAGCGGGACAUGGAAAAGGAACAUCAGUAUCAACUUGCCAAAAAGAAAGCUGCAAAGGAGAAAGCAAACAAAGAUUUGGGCAAGAAGAAGAAAUCAAAAUCACAUUCACAAUCCCCAGAAUCUCCAAGCUGACAAAGAGUACCCAAAAGCUGAAAUUAAAUAUGAACCUAAUGUGGUCUUUUUAAGAACUUUGAGCUACCACAAUGAAAUGCUAUUAUGAUGUAGGGAUAUAUGAAUGUAAUGUUUUUAAAUGUAUGCAUAUCUCAUGUUUUGUUCACUUGUCAGCAUACUGUUAAAGUAAUAAGUUGCUGAAUACCUCAAGAAAGUGGUUUAAAGCUAGAUAAUACCAAGGAGUUAUAACUCCUUGAUAAUACGAACAAAUAACCAGUCAGUUCACUCAGUGAAGGUUCAUUGAAUCCUUUGAAGGAGAGUCGACUGUUAUUUUAUUUUAUUUAAGUGUGGACUAUUAGUAACUGUAUAUUACAGAAUAUAAAGAAGUGUAGUUAGGAUGGUGUUCUCCUUCGCUGUUUCUGAUCUUGAACAUGAAAUGGUGUUACUUUUGAUAAUUUGCACAUUAUGCACAGGUCUUCAAAUGUCCAAGAUAAAUGACAAAUUUAUUGAGGAAUAUAGAUUUAUUUUGGAAGAAUUAGUGCCAAGGUUUAUCUUAGUGGGGGGGAUCAUAAUGAGGUGCAAUAUUUUAAUUUUUAUUGGCAGUAAACAGGACAUUUGAUGUCUGUUUGAGUAUGGUUGUAUGAGAAAGUAUAAAAUUGUUUUAAAAAAUAAAAAGAAUGACCGAUAUGUCUGAAUUUUACAAGUUUUUUUCUGUAAAGGGGCAACUCCACCAAUUUACCAAGAUGGAAUGCAUAAACUAUUAUAUGCAUUUACAGCAUUGCCUAAAUUUUUAAUCAAUUUGGUGCAGUUUUUCUCCAUUUACUGGAAGCCUCACUUUUAUAACUAUGAGCAUUUAGUCUGAAGUGUGAUUCAGUAAAUGUUCAGUUUUUCCAUUCCAUGUAGAAGUCAUUUCCAGUACCUGUUUAGUGUAUGUUGGCACAUGGGCAGUGUAUAGAUUCCAGAAUGUGUCACCAAACCAGAGUGUAACUGUGACACUAUACAAUGUAUUUAUGCUCAUUAGGUAUACCAUGCACUUGUGAAAUGUAAUGUCAAUUUUUCUCACGCUGUAAUUUUGCCAAAUACUAUUUUGAUGUUAAUUAUUUUGAUACUGACUCUACUAAGUUAUUUGUUGUUGGAUUAGUCUAUUACAAGAUGUGUAGCUGUAUUGGUGCUGGUCAUUGGUUUGCAUUCAGUAAAUUAAUUAUAGAAUUGAGAAUGCACCAUGUUUUAUGUUCACGUCAGUUCAUUACAUGCAGGAUAUCAUUUUAAGUCAUAUCAGUUAUAUUGAAAACAUUGUUGUCAACAUGCCUAAGAAAUAUAAACCUGGACCUUAA